CUCAACCUCAAUUGGUAUAAUUAAAUGCGAUUUUUUAAUCCAACUUUGGUUGGUUGAAGCGCCGUCAAUUCUUGACUUGGGCAGUCCCAAUAUUGAUGGGUAUAAUACACCUUAGCACAAUGAUUUGUAUAUCCGUUCAUACUCUGUAUUUCCGGAGUCAUGGAUCCUGUAACUACAAAAUUAUAAAAUGUAUUGGCACCCGAAUCAACAACUCACAUUUGUUUCUGUUUUGCUUGGGUUUGACUAGUUUACGGUAUUGAGAACAAUUGCGGGUAUUUCAUUUGGGUCUAUUACGUGGGUUAUUGUAGGGUUCGAUACCCAGUUAAUAUACAAUGGCGAGGAAACAGGAUGUUUAUUUGAUUGAUGAUCUCGAACGGCAUGCCUCGGUAGUCCUGCCGAAAAUGGUUCGGGAUUACUUCAACGGCGGUGCACUAGACGGGUGUUCACUUCGGGCAAAUCGUACCGCCUAUCAACGAUAUCAUAUUCGGCCACGCGCGUUGCGUAACGUCAAAGACCUACAAACGCAGAUCAAGGUGUUUCCCGAUGGUAAUAGCAUUCCGUUUCCAUGCGCCGUUGCUCCAGCUGCGAUGCAGAAGAUGGCCCACCCGGAUGGAGAGGAAGCCACUGCACGUGCUUGCGGUGGUUAUGGAACUGUGAUGGGAUUAAGUACCUAUAGUACAACAAGUCUGGACGAAGUGAAAAAAGCUGCAGAUGCUGCCAGGCAUACCACAGGAUUGAAAGGCCCUUCCGAACUUGUCCUUCAGGUGUAUGUUUUUGAAGACCGCUCUGUGACGGAACAACUUAUCCACAGAGCCGAGGCUUGUGGAUAUAAAGCCAUCGUGUUAACAGUUGAUACACCCCAAUUUGGACGUCGAUUGACAGAGAUUAGGAAUGGGUUCAAGUUACCACCUCACUUGAAGAUGGCUAAUUUCCCCGAUGAACUGGGUGUGAAGACGGGAUCAGAAUUACGAACUGGAGACUUGGAAGCAGGGAAACGCCGUACCUUGAGCGCAAGUGGUUCAACAGCGAAUAAACUUGAUCCAUCUCUCACAUGGGAUAUACUUCCGUGGUUGAAGUCAUUAACGAGACUUCCGAUUUGGUUGAAAGGCAUUAUGGGGGCAGAGGAUGCCAUUCUUUCCGUCCAACACGGUGCGGACGCCAUAUUUGUGUCUAAUCAUGGUGGACGCCAACUUGAUCAAGCACCACCGACGCUCGACGUCUUACCGGGAAUUGUAAAGGCCGUGGGUGGAAAAGUUCCGAUUCACUUUGAUGGUGGUGUUAGAAGAGGAUCCGAUAUUUUCAAGGCUCUCUGUCUGGGAGCUGAUAUGGUUUGGAUAGGUAGACCGGUAUUAUGGGGACUAGCAUAUGAUGGAGAGUAUGGAGUAAUUAAUGCCUUGAGGAUUCUGGAAGAUGAAUUCAAGGAGUGCAUGAUGUUAUCUGGUUGUUCUCAAUUGGACGAAUUGGGACCACAUCUCCUAGUUGAAGCGAAUCACAAAUUUAGCAAGAUUUGAAUUUAUUUAAUUGUAC